GAAAGCUAUAUUUUAUAGAAUAAUUUCAUCUAAAUAAUAAGUAUAAUAAAUUUUAUUUUUUAAUGUUUUCUUUUUUUCUUUUCUAUACAAUAUAAAUAGUUAUCGAAUUUUUCUAUUUUUGAAAAAUCAUACUCUUUAAAAUUAGAAAAAAAUCCUUUUCAAAAUAAUAAUAUUAAGCACUGAUGGUUGGAGGAGCCGAGAAUGGAAAUGAAUUCUCUUCCCGCCGUAAUAGUAAUCCAUUGAGCAACCCCCGGGGGGGACGUGGAUUCUCUGAUAUCACAGUGUUUUAGGGUUCUCUAAUGGCGGAAUUUUCUUCAAAAGAGGAGCUCGUCCGGCUAAUCAAGAGGUUCGGGAGUAAUCUGAGUGUUAAACUCUCCAGUUUAUUCUCGAUAUUGUUUCAAACUCGGAAUUUCCGAUCUCUUAGUGCUGUUGCGGGUUUGGCUCUUGCUGUCAUAUUCUCAUGGAAACUGUUAAGACCACCUAGUGGACAUCGCAGAAGACAACCAAAAAGGCAAUCUUCUUCGGCAGGCAACUCUGACAUCGGCACAAGUUCAAACUCACAAUUGAUUACUUCUGCAAUUGUUUCUCCUUCAGAUGACGCAGGUGCACAGAAGCCAACUUUGGAGCAAAUUAUUAGACAGAAGCUUGGUGGUGGAAGAAAGGUAACUUGUCGUCUACUUGGAAUAAUUUUGGAGGAAAGAAGUCCAGAAGAGCUGCAGGCUGUGAAUCAAGCAACCGUAAGGUCCUCUGUCGUGGAUGUGCUUUUAGAGCUCACAAAUUAUUGUGAUCUCUAUUUGAUGGAAAGAGUUUUUGAUGAGGAAAGUGAGAGAAAGGUUAUUGUGGCUCUAGAAGAUGCUGGUGUUUUCGCAUCAGGUGGCUUGAUCAAGGAUAAGGUUCUCUUCUGUAGUACAGAAAAUGGGAGGACGUCUUUUGUUCGGCAACUGGAACCUGAUUGGCAUAUCGACUCGGAUCCUGAAAUCAUAUCCCAACUAGCGAGAUUCAUCACGUGUCAGCUUCACAUAUCUCAAGUGAAGCCUGAGAGGAUGGCCUCUAAUGUUUUCACGUCGGCAUCACUGGAGCACUUCUUUCAAUGCAACAUGACAGAGACCCACCAGAAAGUAUAUAUGUAGAAUUUGUCUUCUUCUUCUUAGAUUUUGUGUGCAUUAUUAUUAUUAUUAUUAUUCGUUCAGACGAUUUCUCCGUUUCAGCCUUCAGAUAAAAAAAGAAUGCUGGGUUUUGUUUAAUAGCUUUAUGAAUAGCAAAUCGGAUUAAUGAUAUUAACAAGAUGACUUCUUCCCA